AGAGAGAAAGAGGAGGAGUAACAGAAAGGGAAAAGAAAAGAGGGAAGAAGGUGUGUCAAUUCUCAUAGAUGGUAAACUUAAAGUUCUUCUCAGCAACUUGGGCUGCUACACAGACUCUCUCUCUCUCUCUCGGUCUCUCUCUCUCUCUCUCUCUCUUACACACACACAAACCACACACACUGAAGAACACAAAGCAGAAGUGGACAGAGUCACACAGUUUCAGUCGCUGCGGUCGGCUAUGGCUCACGGCUCUGACAGCAAUGACACAACUUACAAGUCCCCUUCACCUGGAAGCAGGCCGAACUCCUCAGACGACGUGAAGAAGGUGAUGCGGAGGGAGAAGAACAGGAUCGCCGCUCAGAAGAGCAGGAUGAGGCAAACUCAGAAAGCCGACAGCCUACAUCUGGAGAGCGAGAACCUGGAGAAGGAGAACGCCGCCCUGAGGAAGGAGGUGAAGCAGCUGACCGAGGAGGCCAAGUACCUGUCGUCUGUUCUGAGCAGCCACGAGCCUCUGUGCACCGGCCUGGCCCCUCAGACCCCGGACCUCCUCUACUCUCCUCACCACAGCAGCUACCACCAACCCCACAUCGCCGUACCACACUACUAGCACUGCCCCCCCCUCCCCCCGCCCCAAACUGCCCUGUGAGACGGCCAAGCCAGCAUACAGACGACUGACCUCAAAGGAGAGAGACUGAGAAAAGAUGUGUCCUCUAGAUGCUAACCAGUGUUCAAAACUGAUGAAGGAGUACCGCGACGGGCUGAUGACUCAGCCAAACAAUAACAGUGUUCAACCCAAACUGUAACAUGCAGUAUUCAAAACUAUUUAUUUUGCUUCUACACGUUAUUCUGCUUUUCUCUGACUGAUCUCUGUGAUCUGUGACCUUAAAUGACUUGAUGGCGAGAAGUAUCAGCCGGUAUAUGUUUACAUUGGAGCAAAAUUACCAACUCACUGAAAGUUCAGGCGACUUAGUCGAUACGUUGUUUUUUGUAAAGUGCUUGUUUAUAAGCAUAUGUUAUAGAAGACCUUUGUCAGCCUGCCAUGUUCAGAUUUCCAUGUGUUAUUGUGUGUUUUUAUGUUUAACUGCAGAUGCUCAGGAGCUUAUCUCGACAGAUUGAUUGUGGACAAACAGAAUGUAACAUGUACGAUCCUAUAAGUAGGCUUAGAUGCACCAAAAAGAACAAAGAAAUAACUGGCUUUGAAGGACGGGCUUUUUAACGGGUCUUGACCUGUGUACUUUUGUGAGGAGACCCAGCAGAGAUAUUUAUUAAAUGUGAUGCCUUUUGGAUGA